AUGCCUAGGCCCGCAUCGCAAGCCUCGCAAGGCUGGACAGCGCUCGAUGAAGACGCCCGCAGCCCGCAGCCUCGACCCAACAGGCAUAAGGGCCAGCUCACUAAGCUGCCAGGCGGCAACAAGGCCCUAGGUGCUUUCGUCCUCAGCCUCGUCGCCUACACGCUGCAGACCGAGUGCGCACAGUAUGUGCAGCAGGCGCUCAACUACCGCAAGCCAUUCCUCUCGCUGUAUCUCGGCCACAGCGCCUUCACCGUCCUCUUCCCCGCGCACCUCGCCAUCCUCUGCUACUCGACCCGGUACCCGCUCUCGCAUUACCUGCACCUCAUCUCUCAGAAUCUGAGAUGGCAGCUUCGCACCCCUUCGGCGCCCCUCCCCCGUCAAGGUCCCGACGCGGUCCGAAGGCGUCUCAGCAUCGCCAGCGGGCGUGGAGUCGAGACCGACGCCGGCCGCGACGAUGGUGCUGCCGCGACAAUGCCCGAGUGGAACCAGGUCGAUCUCGAGGACGGUGACGCCAGACUCAAACUGCACACCGGAGCACGCUCGCUGGGCGCCUGGCUCGAGGACCGCAUCGGCUUUGACGCCAUCCGUCUGCUCGGUCUUCUCGCCAUCCUCACCCUCGGCAUCACCGUCCCUGCCCUCAGCUGGUACUCGGCGGUCCCGAUGACGUCGAUGGCCGACAUCACCGCCAUCUACAACACCUUUUCCGUGUGGGCACUCGUCUUUUCCGUCUGGUUCCUGGGCGAAAAGUGGCAGAAGCGCAAGGUGUUCUCUGUCCUGCUGGCCUGCUUCGGCGUAGUAGUCGUGGCAUACGGCGGCGCUGAGCACCGCAAGCAGCCAAAGGAGCUCGAUCCAGUGUAUGGCAAGCCCGACGCGCCCGCGUCGAACGCCACGCUCCUCGCUGCCGAGACAAUGCUGCGACGAGCGGCGUUCGCGGCGCUCGUGCCCCUCGCGCCGAGAGCCGGGGCGGACGGCGAGACACAGGCUGAGACGCCCAAGUUCUCCAACCCGAUGCUCGGCAACCUGCUCGCCCUGGUCGGCGCUGUCACCAUGGCGGCCUACGAGAUGGCCUUCAAGCUGAUUGGCACACUGCCAGACGAGGAGAAGCAGCGCGAUCUCUACUCGGCCGUCGGGAGCGCUCAGCGACGCCGAUCAAGGAGCUAUCUCGAGCAUCACGGAUCUCGCGCGGCCGACCAAGCCGGAAUGGAGGGCCAAGGCCUUCUCGACGAGACUCGAAGGGCGACGGUCAAGAAGGACCAGGCGGAUGACGUCCAGCGACACGUACUGGGUGAAAGCGAGGACGGCGCGAACGAUGACGAUGACGAGACGGCCGACAUCAAGGACGGCAGCGCAAGAGACAGGCUGUCGCAUCUGCUGGCAGGCGAGAGAUCUUCGAUCUGGAACCAUUCUGCCAGCAGCGAUGGCGACCCAUACUCGUCUUACCAGACCAUGACGCCACCAGCAGAGCUAGCCGCCGAUGGCGAUGUCGGUUCCGCCGACGUCAAGAAGGACGAAGGUGCUGACAGCAACGGGGUGAGGGUGCAGGCCAGGGCGGUGCAGUACGGCGAUGACGAGAGCGACGUGACCGAGAGCGAGCUCGACGAGGGCGAGGCAGAGGAGAUCCAACACGGCGCCCACCGACUGCACCGCAACCCGUCGUACGCGUCGACCAAGCGACAGAGCCGCCACCAUGCCUCGGCGGCGGAUUAUCACGACGCUGUCUGCGGCGACGACGGUGAUGGUGACGAUGGCGGUCAACCUGACCGGGGCAAGUCGUCGCGCGACAUCCAUCGGGACACUUCGAUCCCACCGCCGCUGCCCUUUGGGCUCCAUGCCAACCUUAUGACGUCGGGGAUAGGGCUGGUGACGCUCUGCUGCCUCUGGCUGGGCCUGCCCGCGGCUCACUACCUGGGUUGGGAGAGGUUUGAGCUGCCGCCGAACCUCUGGACGGUGUUUUCGAUUGGCGUGGUGGUGACGUGCGGCAUCUUUUUCAACGCUGCGUUUAUGAUUCUGCUGUCGCUGUGGGGGCCGGUGCUUGCGAGCGUCAGCUGCCUUCUGACGACGGUGCUCGUCGAGAUCGCCGACGUGCUGCUCGGGCGGGAGCUCAAGCUUGCCAGCGUGCUGGGCUGCGCCCUGGUCGCUGCUGGAUUCGGCGUGCUGGUCGGAGGUGGUCGCGAAGGUCUCCACUGA